AAGAGAGAAUAUUCUUUGAAACAAUUUUCUGUCAACAUUCAAAUGCAAACAUGUGUGAUGUUUUUCCCUCACACGGUCAAGUACAUUAUGGUGGAAAAAAAAAUUGAAGAUGACGCCGAACAACUCGAUAAAUCUUCUGAAUCCGUGAUGAUAGAAAAAAGGGURUGCGAGGUGGCCAACUCGUGUGCUACUAAAUACGAGGAACUUAUUGUUAUUGACGCUAAAGAAGUGGAGUUGACGGAAGACAAUCUAAACGACCUGUUGAGUAAAAAAGUAUAUUCGGUAAUGUUGUCUAUGCCCACUAUAAAACAAGAUACUACCCAAGAACCCGCCAAAGAAGACGAAAAUUUACCUGAGCCCAUCGAUUUAAUGGGAGUAAUAGAACAGAAGUUAAGCAAAAUAAUUUACGGCAACGGAACUCCRUUAAACCCUAGUCCGAAUUCGCUUGCAGAUAUACAUAAGAAAGUAAACGAAUCCGGACAAAUAUUACCAUCGAUAUAUACGCCCAGAAAUCCGUUGAGUAAAGCUUCGGCGUUGACCAUUUUGUUCAGYAAAUUCUGUCAAAACAUUGGAUACGUUGCACCCCAACCACCUUUACCACAGUACCUUGUCAUUUUUGAUAUUAACAAAUCCAACAUCGUGUUACCGAUCAUCGAGGAUCUCGAAGAAAAAGUAGUCUAUUACGGAUUUUUCCGUAGUGCUGAUCCUGAAAAACCUAAGCUACUCUGCAAAGAUCCCGAAUUGUUAGCUACAUAUGGCAUGGAAAAAGUUGGCAAAGAGGCCAAAUUGGUGUUGUCUGUGCUCAUGGAUGACAAUGAUAAGAGUCUUUUGCGGUUCGUUGACGUUGGGCCAAUUUACGUGAGUCCAGACCAAGAGGUGGGCAUUGACGAUGCUAUUAAAUUUUUCCCACACGACUACGACGAGAUGGACGGUGAAGUGAAGUUGUGGCUGGCUCAGCAGGAGGUCCGAGACGAGGAAGAUACAAAUAUUGAAGGUGAAGUCGAAGAAGGAGUAUUGGAAGAAGAGAACCCGCCGCCAGAUCAGCAACAAGAACCAGAGCAGCCAACAAUCGUUGGUUAAUAUUGUGUCUAAUGUCUAUGCACCAAUGGGUUUCGAGUGCAGGUUCAAAAUUUUCUAAUCAAGUGA